AUGAAGUACCAGACAGUACCAUCACGAGAGGCCCUGAGAGAACACCGCCUUGAGUACCGAUGGGGAUUCCCCACAAAGCUACUGGUGCAGCAUAAUAGGAAAACGGCAGUGAUCAUCUCUGAACAGAAGGCCUGUGCACCCUCCGAAGCUGGGGCAUUUCGCCCUCACCUGUGGCAAAAGCUCCGCCGGACACAGCACGUCUACCAGUGGAGUGGAAAAGGCAAAAAAGAAGUGGAACGAGAAGACGACAAACUGUUCCCACUUCCGUGA